CUCUCUCCUUGUCUGUGUAGAACAAGGAACAAGGAAAAACAAAGAAUAAACUUUCAAAUUUCAAUACUCAAUUCACAGGUUCGUACAGCUAAGCAGCUAGGAAAGGGCUAGAAGGGCUCGAGUUCUUCUCUGCAUUAGAGGACCUUCACUUGGCUGGCAUUUGAAUGGAAGAGCUAAAUAGUGGAUCAGAUAGGAAUAAUCAAAUGGAGCUGACUCAACAAUCUCUUAUUUAUGGACUUCCAGAUGACAUUGCUCUAUUAUGCCUGGCAAGAGUUCCUCGGAACUACCAUGCACUCCUAAAGUGUGUUUCAAAAAGAUGGAGAGACUUGGUCUGCAGUGAAGAGUGGUACUCUUACCGUCAAAGGCACAAUCUGGAUGAGACUUGGAUCUAUGCUUUGUGCCGAGACAAGUCAGAGCAAGUUUGCUGUUAUGUUUUGAACCCCAACUCAUCAAGAAGGUGUUGGAAGCUUCUUGAUGGGCUUCCAUCUCGCAGCUUCAAAAGAAAAGGCAUGGGUAUGGAAGUGUUGGGGAAGAAAGUAUACUUGUUGGGUGGUUGUGGUUGGUGUGAAGAUGCUACUGAUGAAGUUUACUGCUAUGAUGCUUCUAUGAACAAGUGGACUGAAGCUGCUUCCUUGUCUACUGCAAGGUGCUAUUUUGCUUGUGAAGUUUUAGAUGAGAAAAUAUAUGCCAUUGGUGGUUUAGGUUCAAACUCAAGCGAUCCACAUUCUUGGGAUACUUAUGACCCUUCUAUCAACACAUGGAUAUGUCAUUCGGAUCCGAACAUUGUCCCUGAAAUUGAAGAUUCUUUUGUAUUGGAUGGGAAGAUUUAUAUCCGCUGUGGUAUGUCUGCAGUAACUUCUCAUGUAUAUGCAGUGGUUUACGAACCAUCAAGUGGCACAUGGCAGCAUGCAGAUGCUGACCUGGUGUCAGCCUGGCGAGGUCCAGCCGUUGUGAUAGAUGGGGUUCUGUAUGUAUUGGAUCAAAAUUCAGGAACCAGACUGAUGAUGUGGAAGAAGGAGACUCGGGAGUGGGUGCUCUUUGGGAGGUUGUCUUCGUUGCUUACCAGACCACCUUGUCGGCUUGUAGCUAUUGGGUCGAGCAUUUUUGUUGUUGGAAAGGGGCUUAGCACUGUCAUGUUUGAUGUAGGGAGUGCAGGAAAUGUGGAAGGUGUAAUGCUGAGUUCCUCCAUACCUAAAUUGGUCUCUGAUCAUGAUGUAAUUAGCUGCAAAUGUUUAGCAAUUUGAAAGAUAUACUUCUCUAAAUGUAUUAUGAACUUUUGGGUGUUUGAAUAUCUCAUGUAAAUGAAUUUAUUACAUAAAAUCAUAAUAUUCAUAUGUAAACAUUUGACAUGUAGAUUAUUAUGCUAUAAUGUGUCAUUGCUGUUUGUGAA